AUGUCGGAACUGGAGAGCUCCAUGAUCACUAUAAUACAUGUGUUCCACAAGUAUUCCAACAAUAAGUGCACACUGAGGAAAGCAGACCUGAAGGAGCUGAUUAACAAUGAGAUGACCCAUUUCAUAAUGAAAAUCCAAGAAAACGACACGCUAGACCAGCUGUUCUCAGACCUUGACCAGAACGGGGACCUGGAGAUCGACUUCCAGGAGUUCAUUGCCAUGAUCGCCAUGGUUACGUCAGCAUGUCACGACCUCUUCAUUCCAGAACACCGCCAGUAGGGACAAAGCCCGCAUAAGCCAAAAGAGGGAGGGGUCUGUGUGUUCCAGUGCCGUAAGAAAAGUCUCAUUUUGUGAAGUGGAACCACUGGCUCCAUGGAGUCAAAGGUCGGCUAACUCCCCC